AUGAUGUCACAGGAUUUCUAUCAUGAAGACAGUUAUAAAGAAUAUUAUAAAGUUUUAAAAUUCUUUAUGCGUAUAAGUGGACUAUGGCCUUAUGAGACGUUACUCGUAAAAUGUUUCUGUUUCGUAAUGACUUUAUUCUUAAGUGAAGGAGUUCUCAUUGGACAGUUAUCAGAAUUGAUUCAAGUUAGAGGUGACAUGGACGAAGUAAUCGAUUGUAUACCUAAUAUUAUGAUAUCAUUGUUUUGUGGAGCAGAAUUCUUAGGACUUAUAUAUAAUUCGAAAAAGGUGAAGAGAUGUAUCGAUACAAUUUUUGAGGAUUGGGAAUGUUUGUCUUCAAAAAUGGAGAUUGAAUUAUUAAAGUCGUAUACUUUACAAGGAAGAAAAUUAGCCAUUCUUUACUUAAUUUACAUGUCAUUUACUGGUUUCAUGUUCAUUCUGCAACCGAUAGUUAGAAUGUUAAGUGCAAGUUAUGAUAACUCAACAAAUAUAUUGGAGACUAUUCCGUAUCGCUUGCGUUAUGGCAAUCUCGAUUUCGAAAAACAUUAUUACGAGAUACUUAUUCAUUCUUACAUUAGUGUUAUGUCUCAUAUGCUUAUUUUAUCUUCUAUAAAUUUAAUAUACAUAUCGUUCAUUCAACACGCCUGCGGAAUAUUUGCCGUGAUCGGGUAUAAGUUGAAACAUAUUGGCGGAGAAGAAAAUUUAGAAAUAAAUUUAGACAUUAAAAAGAUCGAUGACAAAAAUUAUUGGACGGCUUUAGACUGUCUACGAAAACACAUUAAAGUUAUAGAGUACGUAUCAAUAUUACAUCGUUUGUCUCGUUCACAAAUACAAUUGGAAAUGUUUAUUUAUAGAUUUUCCAAGCUCAUAGAUGGAUCAUUUUCGGCUGUGUUUUUAUUCACCUUAGGACUCCACGUGUUACUUUUAGCCGUUUCCGGUACACAGAUAUUAUUACAUUCUGAUGAAUUAGACGAAGCUGUGAGAUUCGGUGCUCUCUUCAUAUCUAUAUCUAUCCAACUCUUAUGGCAAUGCUGGCAAGCACAGUUUUUAUUGGAUUAUAGUAAUGUACCUUACAACAGCGUGGUUCGAGCACGUUGGUACAAUACUUCAACACGUUGCAAAAAACUACUCGYCUUAAUAAUGAUGCGAUCUUCGAAACCGUGCGAAAUAACAGCAGGAAGUAUGAUUACUAUCUCCAUAGAAACAUUCAGUUCGGUAGUACGAACGUCGAUGUCUUAUUUCACCGUAUUGCAAUCAAUGAAGUGA